AGCCCGGCUCCCCUCCCUGGUUUCAUAACCAGACGCAGACGGGUCCAUCUCUGCCGCUCCCGCUUAUUUUAUGAGUUAAUUUACCAAACAAGGCGCUUCUUCCCACCAAAGUCUCCCCCCAGGACCCUCCACCAUGCAGCACAGCUCCAUCCACUGGUUUCGGAAAGGUCUCCGGCUGCACGACAACCCAGCGCUGCUGGCAGCGGCCACCGAUUGCCGCCGCCUUCAUCCCCUCUUCAUCCUCGACCCCUCCAGGGGCCGGGCAGGCGCCAACGCCCAGCGGUUCCUCCUCGAUGCCCUGCAGGACUUGGAUGGGAGCCUGCGGGAAAUGGGCUCCAGGCUGUUCGUGGUGCGGGGCUGCCCAGAGGAGGUGUUCCCCCGUCUCUUCCAUGCCUGGGGGACGACGCGGUUGACCUUCGAGGUGGACACCGAACCCUCCACUCGCCAGCGUGACGCCGCUGUGGCCAAGCUGGCAGCCCAGCAUGGCGUGGAGGUGAUCCGGGAGGUGUCCCACACCCUCUACGACACCCAGAGAGUCCUUGCCUUGAACGACAGCAAAGCCCCCCUGACCUACAAGCGCCUGCAGAGCCUCCUGGCAGCCCUCGGCCCCCCGGAGAAGCCGGCCCCAGCGCUCACACAGGAACAUCUGCAGGGCUGCCGUACUCCGUGCCAGGUCAGCCAUGACACCGACUACAAGGUCCCCACCUUGGAGGAGCUGGGCCAAGACCCCGCUGAGCUGGGUCCUCACCUCUACCCCGGCGGGGAGACAGUGGCACUCGCACGGCUUGACACAUUCAUGGAGAGGACGGCCUGGGUGUGCGGCUUCAAGAAGCCCGAGACAGAGCCCAACUCGCUGAGUCCCAGCACCACCGUCCUCAGCCCCUACAUCAAAUUUGGCUGCCUGUCGGUCCGCACCUUCUGGUGGCGGCUGGAUGAGGUCUACCAGGGGCGGAAGCACUCCCAGCCCCCCGUCUCCUUGCAUGGGCAGCUCCUCUGGAGGGAGUUUUUCUACACUGCUGGUGCCAGCAUCCCCAAUUUCGACCGGAUGGUUGGCAACCCUGUCUGCCUGCAGGUUGACUGGGAUGACAACCCCCAGCACCUCCGCACCUGGAGGGAGGGCCAGACUGGCUACCCCUUCAUUGACGCCAUCAUGACCCAGCUGCGUACCGAGGGCUGGAUCCACCACCUCGCUCGGCACGCCGUUGCCUGCUUCCUCACCCGCGGGGACCUCUGGAUCUCCUGGGAAGAGGGGCUGAAGGUUUUCGAGGAACUCCUGCUGGACGCCGACUGGUCCCUCAAUGCCGGCAACUGGCUGUGGCUGUCAGGCAGUGCCUUCUUCCACCAAUAUUUCCGCAUCUACUCACCCAUCGCCUUCGGCAAGAAGACGGACCGGGACGGGGCAUACAUUCGAAAAUACCUCCCCAUCCUGAAGGAUUUCCCUGCCGAGUACAUCUACGAGCCCUGGAAGGCACCACGGGCCGUGCAGGAGCGGGCGGGCUGCCUGGUAGGCACUCACUAUCCCCAGCCCAUCGUGGAGCAUGGGGCAGCGAGCAAGAGGAACCUGGAGCGCAUGAAGGCAGCCCGUGCUCAGAAAGGUAAGAAACCCCCCCAAAUGCACCGAGUUCCCCCUGCUGCCCUGCCACCACCCUGGCUGCCUUCCUCUCCUCCAGGUACCAAGCGGGAGCCACCAGCUGGCCCCUCCACAGCUGAAUCGCAAAGGAAAAAGCCCAAGAAUGAGCAGCGCUGAGCCCCACAGGGAAUCCCACACAACCAACAGCCAGGGUCAGGCACCACUCGUCCCACUCUGACCCAUUUUGCUCAGCCACCUCCCUUAAUUAAUCCCUUCCCCUCUCCUGCCCUGGGACUCAUAACUUCACUGCUGCCACCACCCCAAAAAUCAAAUCCCCACCUGAGAACAUGCCCUAAAGGCAGGCAAGUCCCCUGCAUGUGACCUGGAAACCCUCCAAGCUGCCAGACCAUGCCCCAGAGGCAAAAACCACCCCACAAACCCGCAUCCCCCAGGGGCAGCACCCCACCGGAUCAACCUCCACCCCCUCCUUAGCUAUAAUAUAAUCAUUAUUAAAGGGAACGGAGGAAUUAAGCAAGUGCAGCUUGGUUCAUGAU